AUGUUGGGUCCACAUCUGUUACGUCGUCUUAAAGCUGAUGUCUUAAAGGGAAUGCCUUCUAAAAGUGAAUUUAUUGUUCGAGUUGAAUUGAGUCCAAUGCAGAAGAAAUAUUAUAAAUAUAUUUUAACAAGAAAUUUUGGAGCUUUAAAUACUCGUGGUUGUCAAGUAUCAUUAUUAAAUAUUAUGAUGGAUUUAAAGAAAUGUUGUAAUCAUCCUUAUCUUUUCCCCACUGCUUCAGCUGAUGCACCAAGAUUACCUAAUGGUGCAUAUGAAGGGACAGCUUUACGUAAAGCCUGUGGUAAAUUAGAACUGUUACAUCUGAUGUUAAAACAACUAAAAGACCAGGGACAUAGAGUUCUCAUCUUCUCACAGAUGACCAAAAUGUUGGAUAUUUUAGAAGAUUUCUGUGAAGCAGAAGGGUAUCAUUAUGAAAGAAUUGAUGGUGGUAUAACAGGAUCAUCUCGACAGGAUGCUAUUGAUAGAUUUAAUGUUGCUGGAGCUAAAGCCUUUAUUUUCUUGUUAUCAACAAGAGCUGGUGGAUUGGGUAUUAAUCUGGCAACAGCUGAUACUGUUAUUAUAUAUGAUUCAGAUUGGAAUCCUCAUAAUGACAUUCAGGCAUUCAGUCGAGCCCAUAGAAUUGGUCAAGCUAAUAAGGUUAUGAUAUUCCGAUUUGUAACCCGUGCUUCAGUAGAAGAGAGAAUUACACAAGUAGCUAAGAAGAAAAUGAUGUUGACACAUCUAGUAGUUAGACCUGGUUUAGGUAAUAAAGGUGGCGCUAUGUCUAAGAAAGAAUUAGAUGAUAUUUUAAAAUUUGGUACUGAAGAAUUAUUUAAAGAUGAACAAGGUUCAGAUCAGAGCAGUAUUGUGUAUGAUGAAGACUCAGUAUCUAAAUUAAUAGAUAGAUCACAAGUUGGUAUGGAAGAAAGAGAAAUGGCUAUGAAUGAAUAUUUGAGUUCAUUUAAAGUGGCUAGUUAUUCUGUAAAGGAAGGAGAGCAAGAAGUAAGCUUAGGUUUAGUUUUUCAUUAA